UGGCAAGCAGUAAUAUCGGAUAUCAAGCGGUACGCUGACGACGAACAUGAAAAACGUGAAGCGGAGGAAAAUUUGAAGAAACGCCUGAAUUUUUACAAGAGAGCGGCUGCAGAUUUCGAGAGAGGAACGAAUAAGAGAAGGAAAAAUGGCAAGAGGAAUUUGUCGGUGAAUAUUCCCAAGCAUAUAGAUAUUAAGCUUAAAGAUCUCGAACAAGUGCUGAAACAUGAACACUUCGAUCAAAUGGAACUGUUGAAAAGAGAACAUAGAAAGCGGAGCAAAUCCCCAACAGCAGUUGAUCAAGCUGUAGCUGUACCAAUCAAAUUGGUUAGAGAAGGAGCCAAGCUUGCCAUGAUGCUGGCUGGCCACAACGCCUCCGAUUUUGAAGAGAAGUCUCUGAGAAUGAUUAGCCCUAGAAUUAUGAGUCUUGUACCAGAGGGUGGAAACACAAGCAGUAAUGAGGUAAAUCUGUUUUCUCCAUCGCUUUUCUCCCUACACAGCCAAGGAGAUGGCAUUGAGAAAUUGACAUCGCUACCGAAUCUAUUAAAAUCCACUGGACUCCUGGAGAAUCAAGAUCAACAAGACUGGAUGGACUUUGUCAUAGAGACGUCAGGUGCUGGCGAUGUGCUUGAAAAGGCCAAGGCGAAGAAGGAGGAGGAAGCAGCAAAGACCGAUGUAAGACGAAUUCGUGGUCCCGACGGCCAGCCAAUUUAUUUGACGAAGGAGAAUGUAACAAAAAUAUUCGGCGGCGAGCAAGCGUCUCGGAUUGAAGUCUUUGAGCAGCUUCAGAAGUCUUUCACACCUGAGCAGCAGAAGGAGAUGAAUCGCACUGGCUAUACUAUUCUGACGGCAGAUCAGCGCGACUUUUUCUAUGGCCCGUCAUCUCCGUACAACAACUCGGCGAAGCUCGACAUUAUCCGCAAUAUAAGUGAUAGCGAUGUGCAUCGUACGGUACGCGACACGGUGCGUGGCGUUGCCGAUGGUCGUUUGGAAUUUGAAGCGAAAGACGGAUCUGUGAAGUUAGUCACGAAGCAGCAGCCUCGUCACAAACGUGCCAUUGUUCUAUCACCUACCAGCGCUAUUUUGAUUAAUGACCCGGUCACUGUCAGUCAACCUGUAAUACUCUCACCUGUCUACCUGUCUGCUCUCAUCUGCUCACCUGCCAUUUUCGGCGUGGUUGUGCUCUCACCGUGGCUUUUCAUACCUGUUGUACUUUCUCCACGUAUAUUUUCACCCGUGGUACUCUCCCCCUUUGCAUUUGUCCCGAUCAUUCUAACACCGUUGGCCUUUGUGCCCGUCAUCCUUUCUCCAGGAGUCAUGAAUCCCCUGAUACUUUCACCGCUCCUCUUCUCUCCUUUUAUUCUCUCACCACAGGUGAUGACACCCUUGAUCCUUUCUCCUUUUGCGCUUUCGCCGUUCAUCGGCACACCCAACGUGCUCUCACCACUCAUUCUUUCACCUUUCGUUCUUUCUCCUAUCAUCUUCUCACCAGCUUACGUUUCAGCUCUCGUGCUCUCACCGUAUGCCUUGUCUCCCAUAUUAAAUUCAACUGGGGCGAUUUUCACAUCAGUCGCGUCUCCGAGUUGGUUGAGC